AUGGCCUCAUCCAAUGAGUUGGAACAUAAAAAUCUUUACAAACACUACGUGCCGUCCGGUAUCGCAGCCACCGUAGUCGCGAUUUUGUUCUUGAUUCUCACCGUGGCUCAUGUCUGGAAAGUCUUGACGACAAAGCGAUGGUUCGCCUUAACCAUUAUCGCCGGGGGUCUUUUCGAGUUCAUCGGUCUUGCGGCUCGUGCGUACUCUAGUCGCCACCUAUCUGACAAGGGCCCAUUCAUCAUUCAAGUCCUUCUCAUCCUUCUCGCGCCGAUUAUCUUCUCUGCCACUAUUUACAUGUUCCUCAGUCGCCUGAUAAACGCUUCGAAACACCCUCAACUCUCACUAAUUCGAGUCCGACUGUUGACUGUUACCUUUGUCGGCGGUGAUAUUUUUUGUUUCUUGGUGCAAGCGGCUGGCGGAGGGACGAUCGUGAAUGCAACUACCCCAGCGAAGAUCAAAUCGGGUCAAAACCUUGUUCUUGGCGGUAUUGCUCUUCAGGUCAUCCUUUUCUGCUUCUUUGCUGUUACCGCUGCUGUCUUCCACGUCCGCAUCUCUAAGCGACGUUUUGACCGGAUCUUAACUCCGGGCCUGCAUUUAAAUGCAAUGCUGUUUUCACUCUAUCUCUGCAGUGCCCUUAUCACCGUCCGGAACAUCUAUCGCCUUAUCGAGUAUGCAGGUGGAGAGACCAGCUACCUACAGACACAUGAUUGGCCAACCUACGGGUUAGAUGUUGGACUGAUGGCCGUUCUGAUGAUUGUCACUCUCAUGUGGUAUUUUGCUGAUACAAAGGGUGAACAUUAUAAUGAUACUGGAGCAUACACUUUGCGCCCAGUUUAUCCCAUACCCCAUGUUCGAGGUUGA